AUGGCUGCUGUGAAAAUGCUUGCGCUGUUGAGCGCAGUCUGCAUCCUCACAGCCGUGGCCGAGGAAGUUGCGAAGCUGUCACUUGGCGACUGGCAUGUCUGUGCGAUGGGCUCACAAGGCUCCGUUAAAUGCUGGGGGAACAACGGCAAUGCUCAGUUGGGGCAGGGGGACGACGUCAGAAGAGGUGAUGGCGCGAACGAGAUGGGCAAGUCUCUGCCGACCAUUGAUUUGGGGACAGGACGACAUGCUCUCGAAGUGAACUCGGGGGCUAGCCAUAAUUGCGCCAGGCUGGACGAUGGUCUCUUGAAAUGCUGGGGUUAUGGCCAUCUAGGUCGGCUAGGCUAUGGAGACCAGGUGCAAAGAGGAGGUAACAGUGAUGAAAUGGGGGACUUCCUCCCCACCGUGGAGCUCGGAACAGGGCGUACCGCCGUGCAGCUAGCCUUGGGUUACGAGUUCAGCUGUGCAGUCUUGGACAACGCCUCGGUAAAAUGCUGGGGACAAGGUGGAUAUGGUCAGCUGGGCAUAGGAACCACCUCGAACAUGGGGGCCGGGAGCAGUGAGAUGGGAGACCACCUCCCACCAGUCGACCUAGGUACCGGUAGGACGGCAGCUGAUGUGACCGCCGGCUCAUACUUUGCCUGCGCACGCCUUGACGAUAGCUCCCUCAAGUGCUGGGGCCACGGUGAGUAUGGCCAGCUCGGGAUCGGGAGCAAUUCGUAUACGGUUGGGAGGGUCAGCGGCGAGAUGGGAGACAAUCUCCCAACUGUGGACCUUGGAACAGGCCGCACCGCCGUCGAGCUGAGCGCCGGAGUAUUUCACGCAUGUGCGAGACUCGACAAUGGCUCUGUAAAGUGCUGGGGGAGGAAUAACAACAACCAGUUAGGCCUGGGCUUUGCCACCUCGAUUAACAUGGGAGACGAUGCGAACGAGAUGGGAAAUUAUUUGCCCCCAGUCGACCUCGGCACGGGCAGGACAGCGGCAGAACUGUCAUCAGGAAAAUAUCAUACUUGCGCCCGCCUGGAUGAUGGCACCAUCAGAUGCUGGGGCAAGAACGAGUAUGGCGAACUCGGCCACGCAGGCACCCUGCCCAGCAACGUAGAUCUCGGAACCGGCAGAACUGCGGUCCACGUGGCCGCAGGUGGCUAUGUUACGUGUGCACUCCUGGACAACCAGGAAACAAAAUGCUGGGGAGGAAACACUUUAGGCAUGUUGGGCCUUGGUGACACCCAAGACAGGGGAAAAUCGAGCAGCGACAUGGGAAACAGCCUCCCAGCUGUUGACAUAGUUUUCCCCACCACCACGACCACAACCGGCACUACUAGCUCUCUGACGAUGACCAGCAGCAGCAGCAGUAGCAGCAGCUCCGCCACCAUCACCAUUAGCACCACCAGCACCAGUAGCAGCACCAGCAGCACCAGCUCUAGCAGCACGAGCUCAAGCAGCACCAGCUCAAGCAGCACAUCCACGCGCACCGUGACAACCACCACGAGCACCUCAACCACGAGCGCCAGCACAUCCAGCAGCACGGGCACAAGCCGAACAACGACCAGCAGCUCCGCCUCCAGAACCAGCAGUUCGACAACCACCCUGACGAGCACCUCAACCACAAGCGUCUCAUCAACCGGAACGACGAGUUCUGCCACCAGCUCCACUGCCGCCACCGACGAGGCCAGAGAGGCGAUGCGCAAGCAGGAGGCUGAGGCUGCAGUGAAGGAGGCCGAGGCUGCCACCGAGGUUGCAGUGCAGGACUUGCUGAACAGCCUGAACAACACAGGCGACAACGGCGUGAUGGGCGAGGUCGUCGACACCACGGAAGCUGGAGCGGUGAAGGUGGUUGCGUACGAUGUGGAAGCUUUGACGUCAUCGGGACAGAAUGCUACCGUCAGCAUGGAGAACUCUUCCAUCGGCGCUGAGGUCCCCGUCGAUGUACUGGCGCAAGCACAGGCGCUUGUGGGCGACGGCCCGGUGCUGCUGGGUGUGGUGUCCUUGAGCGAGGAUCUCGCCAAGAAGUUUAGCAAUCCACCUGCUGACAGAGGGCCAGGCGAAGGGCCAAAGGCCCCCAUUCUGCGGUCGAGCCCGGUCGUGGUCGAAGUGCGCAACAAGAACGGAGGCAUUGUGGAUCUAGGGAAGCUGCAGAGCCCCAUGGUGGUUCAGCUAGAGGUGUUGCACGACAAUGACACUGUUAAGUGCGCCUAUUGGAACGAGACCGAAGCGGCCUGGGAGACGGAUGGCCUGGUCCG